AUGCCCUGGACAGCCAGUACACCCCCUCCAGGGGGGGAACUUCCCACAACUAGUAGACCUCCAGCGGACAAAGACACCCACCAUGCCCUGACCCCCAGCAGACGGCCAGCAACCCCUCCAAACAAAAAAAAAACUAGUAGACUCCAGGGGACAAGGACAGGAAACCCCAGCAUGGCCCAACCUGACCCCCAGCAGACUCCCAGCCAGACACCCCCGCCUUUUUUUUUUUCCCCCCCACAACUAGUACGACUCCCCAGGGGACCAGACACCCACCAUAACCCCAUUUGCCCUGACCCAGCAGACGCCAGUACCCCAAAACCCUACCACAACUAUACCCCUCCACAACUAGUAGAGUCCCCACCCAGGGACAAGACCCCACACCCCAAAAAAUGCCCUGACCCCAGCAGACGACCAGUACCCGGCCUACCACAAAAAAAAACUAGUAGACUCCAGGGACAAGACACCCACCAUGCCCGACCCCCAGCAGACGCCAGCACCCCUACCCCGGGCCUCCACAACUAG